AUGGAUCGUUUAAAUACAAUAAUAAACGAUCUUAUUUUAUCCAAUGAAUUUGAUUUAAUUAUACCAGUUGUCAAAGCUGGUUUAUUAACAUUAGUACGUGAUAAUUAUUUAUCACAAUUUCUGAUAACAAUUGAACAAUUAUCAACACCACAUAUUAAUACAUAUCAUAUUGCAUUUAUACAAUUUAAUAAACAAUUAAUUGAUAUUGAAAAUUAUCUUAAAACAUUAUCUCAAACACUUGAAAGUCAAUAUAAUUUAAAAUUAUUUGAUAUUCAAGAUUUUAUGAUUCAAUUACCUCAUAAUGCUGUUAAACAACAAUUAUUACAUACAACAAAUAUUAUUAAAUCAACAUUUUAUAUGAAAUUUAUCGAUACAUUCGAAUAUUAUUUAGCUGCCUAUGCUGCACAACAUGCGCGAGUUCCAUGUGCAGAAUUAUUAAAAGAUACGGCAUCUUGUUCAUUUUGUAAAUUAUCAUUAUCAUCUGCAUGUAAAUGUAUAGAAUUACAAGAACAAUUUGAAAUAAUUAUUUUAAUUCUUAAACGUCUUGGCCUUCUGUCGCGUGUUUGUCAACAUGCAGCAUUAGCUGCAUGUCGACAUCGAAUUACGAAUUUUAUUAAACAAAUAUGUGAACAAUAUUCAUCGCAUGCAUGUUUACCACAUCUAGAACAAUGGUUUGAAACUGGAGUGAUUACAUGGCUUAGUAUACUUGAAUCCCAUUGUAAUAAUGAUCAAGAUAAUAAUGAUGAAAAACAACAAUCAACAUUUAAAAUCGAUUUAUCUUCAUGUCGUACAGAAUUAAAACAUCAUAUAUAUGAAUGUAUAAUGCGUGAAAGAGGUGCUCGUCAUAUGUUUCAAAUAAUAAUUGAUUAUCCUGAAUCACGACAUGGAGGAGUAUUGGAUGAUCUUAAACGUUGUGUAUCAAUUGUUGGUAAACGUCAUUUAAUUAUUGAUAAUGUACGAAAUGAAUUUAAUAAACGACUUUUACAUCCUGGUGUUGGUACAACAGAAAUUUUAGCUGCAUUUAUUAAUGCUAUACGAGUUUUACGUUAUCUUGAUUCAACUGGUGUAAUGAUGGAAUUAGCAUGUCAUAAUGUAAAACAAUUUCUAGCACGUCGUGAAGAUACGAUUCGUGUUAUUGUUAGUAAUAUGAAUGAACAUGGUGUAUUAGAAUUAGAUGAAUUAACACAACCUGAUGGUACUAAUAUACGAUCAAGUCAAUCUCUUCUUGAAGAUGAAUGGGAACCAGAACCAAUCGAAGCAUUGACAGCUCCUGAACGUGCACUUCGUCCAUCUCAUUCACGUGAUUUAAUGUCCAUGCUUGUAUCAAUCUAUGGUCAUGCAGAAUUAUUUGUUGAAGAAUAUGUUCAUAUGUUAGCUGAUCGUAUGUUAUCUGGUCAAUCCAAUAAAGUUGAUAUUGAACAUGAAGGUCGUUAUGUUGAUUUAUUAAAACAACGAUUUGGUGAUGGUGGUUUACAAGGUUGUGAUGUUAUGCUUAAAGAUUAUAUUGAUUCAAGACUUAUGAAUGAUCUAGUUAAAAAACAAUUAGCACAUCAACAUUUUCCAUUAGUUAGUACAGCUGGUGUACCAAUAAAUACAUUAAUUAUAUCAAAUCAAUAUUGGCCAGAAGUUAAAUUUUCACCUAUUGAUUUACCAGAUGAAUUAAAAGCGAUACAAAAAGCCUAUACAACUGCUUAUGAAACAUUAAAACCUCAUCGUACAUUACAUUGGAGUCCUAAUUAUGGACAAGUUAAUAUUGAAAUUGAAAUCGGAGGAAAAACAUUAGAAUUUAGUGUAACACCAUUUCAUGCAGCAAUUAUUUAUAAAUUUCAAGAAAAAGAUACUUGGACAAUAAGUGAUUUAAGUUCAUCAUUGAAAUGUUCAACAGCUUGUAUACGUAAACGAAUAAAUCUUUGGCAGAAUUGUGGUUUAUUAAAAGAAGAAGCUAAAGAUACAUUUCGUUUAGUUGAAGAUACAUCAAAAGUAGCAUCGAAUAGUUCAUCUCAAGCACCAGCUUUAUUAGGUGUUGAUGUUGAUGAUAUGAAUGUUGAACAUCAAGCUGAACCAGAUAAAAAAGAACAAGAACAUACGCUUGUAUGUAAUUUUGUCUUUGGUAUGCUUCGUUCAAUGACAUCAUUAACAUUAGAAAGAAUUUAUUCAUUAUUAUGUGUUUAUGCAUUUCAUGGACAACAUGAACGAACAUUAAUCGAUGUACGAAAUAUUCUUGAUGCAGAAGUAAAAUCAAAUCAAUUAUUAUAUACAAAUGGACUUUAUACAUUACCAGCAAAUCAAGGAACAACUUCCACAUCACCAAUUUCAACGAAUGAGAAUAUGCUUGUAGAUUAA